AGCAAAAUUAACUAACAAAGAAGCAAGAAACGCAGAGCAGAGCGAGAACCAAGGAGAGUGUGUUUUGUUCGGCGGCGAGCCGCCGACCGUAGACAACAGUCAUUCAAUGGGAUCCCAAUCCACUCAGAUGCCGAAGCUCGCACCCACCUUCCCAGAAUGGUACUCUCCACAAACAGGAAUCUAUAGCAGUAAAUACCCCUCCAUUCCUCUCCCUGCAGACCCUUUUCUUGAUGUUGUUUCCUUCAUUUUCUCACACAAUCACAAUGGCCAGACGGCUCUCAUUGAUUCUUCAUCUGGGUCUUCAAUCUCACACUCGGACCUCUUUCCUUUGGUUAAAUCCAUCGCUUCUGGUCUUCGCAGCAUUUUUGGUAUUAAACAAGGUGACGUGGUUUUGCUUUUGUUGCCCAAUUCAAUCUACUUUCCCAUUCUUUUCUUGGGUGUUCUCUACAUGGGUGCAAUUGUUACUACUAUGAAUCCUCUGAGUACUGUGAUGGAAAUUAAGAAGCAAAUCGUUGAUUGCAAGGCAUGUAUAGCUUUCUCUAUUUUGGAAAAGGCUGCCAAAUUUCAGUCAUUGGGGAUUCCUAUUGUUUGUGUUCCAGAAAAUGUGACUUUGCUUAAGGAAAAUAAGGAAUUUGAAGUUUUCUAUAAGCUAGUUUAUGGUGAUGUUAAUUUAGGUACGAGGCCAGUGAUUAGGCAGGAAGAUACAGCUGCAAUAAUGUAUUCAUCAGGUACUACUGGUGCCAGCAAAGGGGCUAUUCUAACACACAGGAAUUUAAUUUCUGUGGUUGAGCUAUUUGUAAGGUUUGAGGCUUCACAGUAUGAGUAUUCAAGUUCAAAGAAUGUGUAUUUGGCUGCUUUGCCAAUGUUUCAUGUAUAUGGGCUAUCACUCUUUGUGAUAGGGUUGUUGUCACUGGGGUCUAGCAUUGUUGUUAUGAGGAAAUUUGAUGCCAAUGAGAUGGUGAAGGCGAUUGAUGGGUAUGGAGUUACUCACUUUCCUGUUGUUCCUCCAAUGCUCCAAGCAUUGACAAAGAAAGCCAAGAGUGUUUCUGCAAAUAGCUUCAAGAGUUUGAAGCAGGUUUCAUGUGGAGGAGCUCCUUUGUAUGGCAAAACAAUACAGGGUUUUUUGGAUAUUCUCUCUCAUGUUGAUUUCAUUCAGGGUUAUGGCAUGACCGAGUCGACUGCUGUAGGAACCCGUGGCUUCAAUACUAAACACUUCCAAAAAUACUCUUCUACAGGACUUUUAGCUCCUAAUAUGCAAGCUAAAGUGAUGGAUUGGAUCACUGGUCGUUUCUUGCCUCCUGGCUGUACUGGCGAGCUUUGGAUUCGAGGACCUGCAGUUAUGAAAGAGUAUUUGAAUAAUAGCAGGGCAACUGCAUCUACAAUUGAUAAAGAUGGUUGGCUGCAUACUGGAGACAUUGUUUAUAUUGAUUGUGAUGGAUACUUGCAUAUAGUUGAUCGUUUGAAAGAAAUAAUCAAAUACAAGGGUUUUCAGAUUGCUCCUGCUGAUUUAGAGGCCGUAUUGAUUUCCCAUCCUGAUAUACUUGAUGCUGCAGUAAUAGGUGCCACUGACAAAGAAUGUGGGGAAAUACCUGUGGCAUUUUUGGUCAAGAGGAAUGGAAACAAGCUUACACAAGAAGCAAUUAUCAACUAUGUAGCUGAACAGGUUGCACCAUAUAAGAAGGUGAGAAAGGUGAUCUUUGUGGAAUCAAUACCAAAGUCCGCCGCGGGAAAGAUCCUCCGUAGGGAGCUCAGGCACUCUCUGACUUCUAGACUGUAGGAUGUAACAUGAAACACUGGCACAUUGCUAAUAACAGCAGUAGUCAUCUAUGGUUGAAGUACAAUGGAGAAACAAUUCAAAUUUUGCAUGUUAUAGUUGUAAAAGCUAGUUGAUGCCACUGAACUUAGGAAACAAAGAGCUUACUCAUUUUGUUUUAAGAGUGAACAGUUUUUUACUUUUUAUUUUUCAAAAAAAAAAAAAUAAA